CUUCAGCCUCAGGAUGUUAAAGUUUGCGUUGCUGUUCCUGACCCUGUCAGGUCUCCAAGCUCGUCCAAUCGCUGCUCCUGGACAGCGAACUUUUUCGUCUGACCGUCUCCCAGAUGGCUUUAGACGGAGUGUUGAACACGCCAGCAUCCUUGAACGUGUUCCUGAUGGAUUCAGACAAGGAACGGAGCCGUCCAGGAAGUUUCUUGUUGACCUGAACACUGGACUUGUGAAGGAACACAUCAGUGAGAUGGAAAGGAGAGUUGUCCCUGUCGAUGUUCCAGCCCAGAGAAGAGGAGCAGGUUGGGUUCGAGUGGAGAAACGCUCAAUUGUUGAUGUUCCUGAAACUCUUAGACAAGAAACUAAGUCCAGAAUGUCCAUCCCAGUUGGUUUUAGACAGGGAACCGAGCCAAAGAUGUCCAUCCCAGUUGGUUUUAGACAGGGAACCGAGCCAAAGAUGUCAAUCCCAGUUGCCUUCAGACAGGGAACCGAGCCAAAGAUGUCAAUCCCAGUUGCCUUCAGACAAGGAACCGAGCCAAAGAUGUCCAUCCCAAAUGACUUUAGACAGGGUACCGAACCAGAAAUGUCCAACCUAAUUGAGCAAAGAAAGGAAGCUCAGCAAAAUAUGCAGCGUGCAGUUGCUUUCAGACUGGAAACUGAACCAAAAAUGUCCAUCCCAGUUGCCUUCAGACAGGAAACCGAGCCAAAGUUGUCCAUCCCAGUUGCCUUCAGACAAGGAACCGAGCCAAAGUUGUCCAUCCCAGUUGCCUUCAGACAAGGAACCGAGCCAAAGAUGUCCAUCCCAGUUGCCUUCAGACAGGGAACCGAGCCAAAGAUGUCCAUCCCAAAUGACUUUAGACAGGGAACCGAACCAGAAAUGUCCAAUCUAAUUGAGCUCAGAAAGGAAGCUCAGCAAAAUAUGCAACGUCCAGUUGCUUUCAAACAGGCAACUAGAGUCCAGACCUAUAAAACGGCUUGUAACGGGGAGAUUAUCAAUGGAAAAUGCUACGAGUUCAACCCCAACACACUGUCCUACAAAGAUGCCCAGGCCUUUUGCAGAAAUUUGGCCCCCAGUGCUGAGCUUGCCUCUGUAACAGACAGAGACCUCCAUUCCCGACUGGUUUCCCUGGUAACCAAAGGAGGCGAGAACAACCCUGUGUUGACCUGGUUGGGAGGCAUAGUCAAGAACCAGCAGGCCUCAUGGGUCGACGGGUCAAAAUGGAGCUACAGCGACUGGAUGCCGGGACACCCCAACAUUCACGCCGACAAACCCGCCUGUGUCGAGAUGUUCAAGAUCGAUGAGAGCUGGUGGAGCGUGGCGGAUUGUGAACUGAGGAGGGCGUCCCUCUGCACCUACCCAGUCGCUGCCUAAAAAAAAAAAAA